AUGAUUGCGUUACAAAACCGAGUUGCUUACCCUCCUGCCAAAGUGGAUAUCUCACUGCUUCUAAAGUCUCAAGAUGAGGAAGAAGCCGCCCCGAUGACCACCACUUCUACCUUCCUGCCGAGGCCCGUCGCUUCCACUUCCUUGGCUCCCAUGAUGCCAGUCGCUGCCCCAGCGCACAUACCUGCCACUCUUCCUCUGACUGGGAAAGCUCCAGCAUCCGUUCCAGCCAAGCGCCUGCAGCCAGCUCAUACUGCAGAGUCUCCGGCCAAGAAGCAAUCAAAAUGGUCUCCGGAGGAGGACGCCCUGAUCAUAGAGCUGCGGGGUAGUGGGAUGAAAUGGGAAGACAUCAGCAAGCGGCUGCCAGGCCGAAGCGCCAUCAGCUGCCGUCUUCAUUAUCAAAAUUAUCUGGAGCGCCGGAGCGAGUGGGACGAGGACAAGAAAAAUAAACUUGCGAGGCUGUACGAGAGGUUCAAAGCCGAGAUGUGGUCAAAGGUAGCAGAAGAGAUGGCAAUCCCAUGGAGAGCUGCGGAGGCGAUGCAUUGGCAACUGGGGGAGCAAGAAAUGGCGCGACGAGCUGGCGUGGUUCCAUUUUCACUUUCGAGUGCGGCUAUAGAUCCCCCAACGACCAGAAUACGUCGGGCUAGCACUUCGUUAUCUCGCCCAAGGAAAGGAUCAACAUCGCGUACGAUCCCUCCGCCACAGCUGCCUUCAGUCGAAGAACUCACCGCUGGUGUUCCCGCAUUUGCACCAGCCCCGCCAUACCCCCCACCUCGAGACGCUUAUCAGUUCGGACGUCCUUUAGACUUGGCUGGCAGCCAUGGCGGGCACUUGGGGCCUCCUUAUGGUUUGCCACCACGAACUCUUCCCUACGCUGGUUGA